AUGUCAAAUGGAUGGACUGACAGAAGAAAUAGACAUUUGAUAAACUUUCUUGCCAACAGUCCAGAGGGGACCUUUUUCUUGGAAUCUAUUGAUGCAUCAAGCGAAUCCCAUGAUGCCAACGUGUUGGCUAGGUUACUUGAGACCAAGAUUCAAGAAAUAGGCACAGAAAAUGUUGUCGAAAUUGUGACAGAUAAUGGUGCUAAUUACAAGGCAGCGGGCAAGUUCUUGGAAGAUAAGAUACCUACACUAUUUUGGACUCCCUGCGCGGCACAUUGCUUGGACCUCAUGUUGGAAGACAUUGGCAAGUUAGUUGAGUUCAAGCAGAAGAUUGAAAGUGCUAGGCGCAUCACUACCUUCAUUUAUAGGCAUGGAAUGAUCUUAAAUGUUAUGAGGGAGUUCACAGAUGGUAAUGAUCUUGUGAGACCUGGAGUUACUAGAUUUGCCACAGCCUUCCUUACCUUUCAGAGUUUGUACAAGCAUCAGAAAGCUUUAAAAAGCUUGUUUGUUAGUGAUCAUUGGAGUACUUCUAAACUAUCAAACACACAAGCUGGAAAUAAGAUAUAUGACUCUGUAUUUUCUACUCAAUUCUGGACUGGGGAAGAAGAUUGCAUUAAGUCUUCUCAACCGAUUCUUGUUGUAUUGAGAAUCGUGGAUGGUGAUGAGAUCACAGCUAUGCUCGGGGUUGCCAUGGCUAUGGCUACUGCAAGGAAGAAAUUAAAUGAAGCAUUUGCAAGUCAACCGAGGUUGCUGUCAAGGUUGAUGGAUAUUGUGGAUAGACGCUGGCAAGAUCAGAUGGGAGUUGACUUAUAUGGAGCAGCAUUGUUUUUAAACCCUGCCCACUAUUUUGAUUUAAAAGAAAGUGAUAGUGCAUAUGCUUCUAAGAAACGUGCCAUGUUUAAUGAAGUGCUUAAGAAGAUGGUUCCAGAUCAAGAAACACAACUCAAAAUAGCCAAUCAAUUUGAUGAGUAUGAUUAUUUGCGAGGAAGUUUUGGGAAGCAAUUAGUCAUCAAACAACACAAAAACAAAACUCCUUUUGUUUGGUGGAUGGCUUUUGGAGGCAAUCAUUUUGAGCUCCAAAGAUUAGCAAUGCGCAUUAUUUCCCUCUGUUGUUCAUCUGCCGGUUGUGAACGUAACUGGAGCACAUUUGAGUUCAUUCACACAAAGAGAAGAAACCGACUAGAACAUAAACGGUUGAAUGAUUUGGUUUAUGUGAAGUAUAACCGAAAGAUUGUUAGUCGGUUUCAAAAGCGGCGUGAAGAAGGAACCAACUUCAACCCAUUAGUUCUUGAAGAAUUUCAAUGGGAAAAUGAAUGGGUGGAUGGUAGUCAUAAUGAUAAUGUUCAUGUCGGUGAUGACCUUACUUGGAGUCUUGUUGAUGAAGUGCUUGGUGCUUCAGCCAAUUUGGAGGGAAGAAAUCUUCCUACAAGAGCUCAUGCACGUAAUGCAGGUGAAGGCACGAGUGCACAUAUACAAUAUUCCUGGCGUCGCAAUACUUCAUCAGUGGGAGGUUUGAGGGAUGAAGUAGAUGAUGAAGAUUCUUUCCCAAAUCAUGAUGAUGAUGAUGAUGAUGAUGAUGAUGAUGAUGAUGAUGAUGAUGAUGAGGGAACUGAGAGUGAUGACGAUAAUGAUGGUGGUGAAGGGAAAGGGAUUGAAUUAAUGGAUGUUUAA